CCUCUCUCUAACAAAAAAAAAAAAUCAAACCAAAAGAAAAAAUAAAAGAAGAAAAAAACUACGGCCGGCGUCGCGCCAGCGCCCAGCGGCCACCCCCACGCCAUGUCCCCUCCCCGUCCCCGUCUGCGUCUGCCGCUGUCCCCUUCCUCCCACUCGCACUCCCCGCCGAGACGCUGCACUCCGCCACCCAGCGCGGUGAAACAAAAAUAUCCCCUUCCCCCCCGACCGCCUCGCGGUAACAUCCCCACCACGGCCGCCGCGGUAGAUCUCCUCCUCCUCGUCUCGGCUUCUCUCAUCUCUCUCUCCCUCCUCGGAGGAAGCCCCCAAUUUAUUCCGCCGCCCGAAACCCGCAGCCUCCCCACAAGGAGCCAAACCAGAGGCCGAAUUAAAUCUCUCUCCCCCUUAUCCCGCCGCCGCAAUUCCUCCCUUCCCAGAAAUCUCUCUGCGCCGCCGCGGCCGCCGCGAAUUCUGUGGCGUUGUUUAGGGUUUGAGGUCCGGGGGUGGGGCAUGGCUGUGGAGGAGGCGAGCAGCAGCAGUGGGGGUGGGGGUGGGAGUGGGGAGGAGGGUGGUUGUGGGGGGUGGACACGCGAGCAGGAGAAGGCGUUCGAGAACGCGCUGGCGGCCACGCUGGGGGAGGACGAGGACGAGGACGAGGAGGGGGACGGGAUGUGGGAGAGGAUAGCGGAGGCGGUGGAGGGGAAGACGCCCGACGAGGUCAGGCGGCACUACGAACUGCUGGUGGAGGACGUCGACGGCAUCGAGGCCGGCCGGGUUCCGCUCCUCGUGUACGCCGGCGACGGCGGGCCGGAGGAGGGCUCCGCCGGGGCUGGGAAGAAGGGCGGGGGAGGAGGGGGCCAUGGGGACAAGGGGUCGGCUAAGUCGGCUGAGCAGGAGCGCAGGAAAGGGAUCGCCUGGACGGAGGACGAGCACAGGCUGUUCCUUCUUGGACUUGAGAAGUACGGCAAAGGUGACUGGAGGAGCAUCUCAAGAAACUUUGUAAUCUCAAGGACACCCACCCAAGUAGCUAGUCAUGCACAGAAGUAUUUUAUUCGCCUGAACUCAAUGAACAGAGAGAGGCGGCGAUCAAGUAUACACGACAUAACCAGCGUGAACAAUGGAGAUGCAUCUGCUACUCAGGGGCCAAUAACAGGUCAACCAAAUGGCCAACCAACAAAUCCUGGAAAACCCUCUAAGCAAUCUCCACAGCCUGCAAAUGCACCUCCAGGCGUCGAUGCUUACGGCACUACAAUUGGACAACCAGUUGGUGGUCCUCUCGUGUCCGCAGUUGGCACCCCGGUUACACUCCCUGUUCCUGCUGCACCACAUAUAGCGUAUGGCAUGCAUGCCCCAGUCCCUGGAGCUGUAGUACCUGGUGCCCCAGUAAACAUGCCUCCAAUGCCGUAUCCAAUGCCGCCGCCAACAUCCCAUGGAUGAGGGCUUUGAAUGCUACAGUGCUUCUAGACAAACUCAUAAUAUCUGUGUUAUUUAGCGUUUGAAUGAAUGCUGUCAUGAUGCCUUAAUAAAGCAAUAUCAAUAAACUCUUGUACAUUACAGAUGGUUAUUGAAUGUAGCAUUUUGAGGA